UUCAAGGAACUUCCUUUCUUUUGUGUCGUACGUUCCCUUCAAAGCAUUCCCUUCAUCUUCAGUCCCACAUAUUCAAAACUUUUGGAUCGGCUACGGCUACCAGACAAAGCAAUGACGCCAAGAUGGAUGCAUUCUUUUUGGUGGGUUCUCAUCAUAUGUGUUUCAACCACCCACGCCAUGCCACCGCCACCUCCCGUUCAAUGCAAUGAAACUGGCUGCAUCCUGUCCAAUUCUUACGGUGCAUGGGGAGACAGAAUUGACUGUCAUGUCCCAGAUGUUACAUAUCCAACAACUGAACAAGACCUUCGCUUAGCCGUCGCACAUGCUAAUCAAAACAACCUCAAUAUCAAAGUAGUAAGCAAGUUCUCUCAUACUAUACCCAAACUCGCCUGCCCUUCUGCAACACAAUCAGGAAACGCGUUACUUAUAAGCACGGAGAAAUAUAACUCCAACAUUGAAAUUGAUGUAGCCAAUUUGGCUGUGACGGCAGAUGCCGGGGUGCCUCUACGCCAGUUGAUUGAUCGAGUUGAAGAAGCGAAUCUGAGUUUGGUGGCUGCACCGUAUUGGGAAGGUGUGAGUAUUGGAGGGUUAAUUAGCACUGGGGCACAUGGUAGCUCUUGGUGGGGAAAAGGAGGAGCUGUUCAUGAUCAUGUUAUCGGCCUCAGCCUUAUCGUUCCUGCUAAACAAUCUGAAGGCUACGCCAAAGUUAUUAGAAUUGAAGCUCAGGAUCCGCUCCUUGAUGCCGCAAAAGUUUCUUUAGGAUUGCUAGGAGUCAUCUCCAAGGUAAAGUUGUCACUGGAGAAAAGAUUCAAAAGAAGCAUAACCUAUAAUUUCACUGAUGAUGCUCACAUUGAAGAUUUGUUCAUGGACCAUGCAAAGAAGUUUGAAUUUGCAGAUAUAACCUGGUAUCCGUCAAGAAAUAAGGCUGUGUACAGAUACGACAACCGAGUUCCUUUGAAUACACCUGGUGAUGGAGUGUUUGACUUCCUUGGCUUUCAAUCCAAUUCUAUUUUGGUCUCCAAAGCAACUAGAGCAACAGAGAAAGCAUUCGAGACUGCAAGAAACGUGAAUGGAGAAUGUACGAUGGCAUCUUCAUUUGUCGGGUUUAAGAAAUCAAUCGCCAAUGGAUUAAAGAGUAAUGGUCUAAUAUUUACUGGUUAUCCAGUAGUUGGUCGCCAGGGAAAAAUGCAGACAUCUGGUUCUUGUUUAUAUUCACCUCCUUCAAGAAUUGAUUCAUCUUGUGCUUGGGAUCCCAGAAUCAACGGACUAUUCUUUUACGAGUCAACAGCAAUAUUUCCCGCUAAAAAGUUCGGAGAUUUUAUCCGCGAUGUGAAGAAACUGAGAGACCUAAUUAAACCAGAAAAUUUAUGUGGAAUCGAUAUCUAUAAUGGGAUUCUAAUACGUUUCAUCAAAGCUUCACAAGCAUAUCUGGGUCAAGCUGAGGAUUCAGUAGUAAUCGAUUUCAACUAUUAUCGCGCUGAUGAUGCUUCAACUCCAAGACUGAACCAAGACGUAUGGGAAGAAAUAGAACAAAUGGCGUUUUUCAAGUAUGGAGCCAAACCUCACUGGGCUAAAAAUAGGAACUCAGCUUUCUCAAAAGUGAAUCAAAAGUAUCCAAACUUCAACAAGUUCCUUGCAGUGAAGAAACAACUGGACCCGCAAAAUGUGUUCUCCAGUGAAUGGUCGGAUGAGAUAUUAUUUGGAAAAGAAGGCGGUAAAAGCGAUGGAUGUGGCCUAGAGGGACAAUGCAUCUGUUCAGAAGAUAGACAUUGCAGCCCAAGCAAAGGGUAUUUGUGCAAACCUGGUGUCGUUUACAAUGAAGCGAGAGUUUGCAGAUAUUCGUCAUCUUCCUCCAUUUUGGUCGUGUAAUAUUACCAGGUAAUCGACAAUAAAUAAAUUAUUUAUUAGACCAUGGUUUCUAUUAUUUUCAAUUGUAAAUUGAGGUGUUCCUUUCAAGAACACUAUGAGAAAUAAAUAUCUGUUUUCAUAAAAGUAUAUAUGCCAAUAUUUGUGAUGGCACCUGCAAUGAUAAU